AUGAAGCUGUCCGCAUCCCUCUCCCUCCUGGCCCAGGCCCUGGCGGUCUUGGGCGCCGACACAAACUCGUGGAAGUCGCGCACUAUUUACUUUGCUCUGACGGAUCGCAUUGCCCGCAGUGAAAACGACCAUGGCGGCGAUGCCUGUGGUAACCUCCAAGAUUACUGUGGUGGCACCUUCAAGGGCCUGCAGAGCAAGCUGGACUACAUCAAGGGCAUGGGCUUUGAUGCCAUCUGGAUCACACCCGUCGUUGAGAAUUCUGAUGCAGGGUACCAUGGGUACUGGGCCAAGGACUUGUACUCUAUCAACGGCCACUACGGCACUUCUGAUGAUCUCAAGAACCUCGUCAACGCCGCACAUGACAAGGGCAUCUAUAUGAUGGUCGAUGUCGUGGCAAACCACAUGGGCAACGGCCCCAUCAGCGACAACAAGCCUGCUCCCCUCAACCAGGACUCAUCCUACCACCCUGCCUGCGACAUCGACUACAAUGACCAGCACAGCAUCGAGUUCUGCCGUGUCGGCAAUGUCCUCCCGGAUCUCGACACCACCGACCCAACCAUCCGUACCCUGUACAAGGACUGGAUCAAGUGGCUCAUGAGCACGUACCAGUUUGACGGCGUCCGCAUCGACACGGUCAAGCACGUCGAGAAGGACUUCUGGCCCGACUUUGCCUGGGCAUCCGGUGCCUACACCAUUGGCGAGGUCCUCAGCGGCGACCCCAACUACUUUGCCGGCUACUCCAAGCUCAUGGGCGGCCUGCUCAACUAUCCCAUCUACUACCCGCUGAACCGCUUCUACCAGCAGCAGGAUUCGGCCCAGGGGCUCGUCGACAUGCACAACCAGAUCGCGACCCUUGUCCCGGACGCGACCACGCUCGGCACCUUCCUCGACAACCACGACCAGCGGCGCUUCCUCAACCAGAAGCCCGACGUCUCCCUCUUCAAGAACGCGCUCACCUACGUCAUGCUCGGCCGCGGCAUCCCCAUCGUCUACUACGGCUCCGAGCAGGCCUUUGCCGGCGGCGACGACCCGCAGAACCGCGAGGACCUCUGGCGCAGCGGCUUCAACGCGACCAGCGACGUGUACAGCUUCCUGCAGGCGCUGGGAGGCGUCCGCAAGGCGCACGGCGGGCUGCCCGGUGACGACCACGUCCACCUGUUCGUAGAGAGCGACGCGUACGCGUGGAGCCGCCAGGACGGCGCCGUGGUGGCGCUGACGAGCAACGUCGGCCAGGGCCAGCAGCGCCAGUUCUGCUUCUUCACGCAGAAGAACAACAAGACGUGGAGGGGCAUCUUUGACGGGCAGACGUACACCUCGGGAAGCGACGGCAAGAUGUGCGCGACGGUCAAUAAUGGCGAGCCCAUGGUUUUCAUCGCGCAGUAG